CACACGCGCGCUCUCUCUCUCUCACACACACACACACACACUCAUGACAUCAGCUGUCAAACGGCGUGAGUUUGAUGCGAUUCAGAUAUUUAGUCUUUAAUUAAAUAAUCGAGAGAGAGAGAGAGGAUGUGUUUAUAUCUCUAAAUCAUGAGAAUAAAGAGGAACACAGUGACGGCGAAUUAAAUCCGCCCGAGAGAAACGCAGAUGUACUGAUAGCGGAGGAUUUUACGGGAUUUAAACGAUGAGCUGGCUCGGCAGAAACGCAGUGAUCGGUCUCGGUGUCGGUGUGACGAUAAGCACCGGCCUGAUCGCAUUAUUGAUCAUUAAAGAAGCUCUCAGGAGGAGAACCCGCCGCCUGCUGCACAACACGAGCUCCGGUUUACAGAGCGAAACGGUAGACUCCGCGGCUCUUACCGCAGCGGUGAGGGAUUUGUCUCCCGAGCAGCAUGUGGAACUGAGGAAGACUCUGGACGAGGUGAUGAAGAGCGUGUCCUGUCUGAGGAGUGAGAUCGCAGAGCUGCGGGAGGGUCUGAGGGACAUCAGCACCACCAUCGCUGAAGAUGUCAAGAAGACUGUGGAGGAGAGUCAGAGAUCGUGGCGGCGGCGGCGGCCGCUCAUGCCGAGGGAACGCUCUGAAUCCAUGAGCUCCAGCUCCAUUUAUUUCACCGCCAGCGCCGGGGUCGCCAGUCUCUGUGACGACAGCGAGGUCGGAUACUCCACGGCCUAUUCCAACGCCGAGUCCGACUACACGGACAGAGAGACGGAUCAAGAUGGUGAGGACGACGGGAGAGACUCGGAUGAGGAGGAAGAGGAGAGCUGCGUCACGGUGCUCACGCUGAGACAGGACGAUUCACAGGCCGAGGAAGAGGACGAUGAAGAUGCCGGUCUGAUGGUGGACUCUUUAAGGGACAUUCGCAGCCCUGAACUCGCCCUCCUGCUCGCCCAGUGUGAUCUGCUGCAUGCAGGGGACUCUGGGAAAAAAGCAGAGGGCUUCCAGCUGCUGAUGGAGAACAGACCGCUGUAUGCUGUUAACGUGGAGUUUAUGUGGCGACUGGCUCGCGCCUACAGCGACAUGUGUGAGACGGCAGACAACAGAGAAGAGAAGAGAAACUACGCAGAGCAAGGUCAUUAUGAGGCAGAGGUAGCGCUGACGAGGAAUGGACUGAGCGCUGAUUGUCACAAGUGGUUUGCCAUCCUCACACGCUUGUCUUCACAGUACGAGAGCAUUCACGGAAAACUGAAAAGCGGUCGCGUACUGAAGGAGCAUUUGGAUCGAGCUUUGGCUCUACGUGACGAUGAUCCCAUCUGUUUCUAUCUGCUCGGCCGCUGGUGUUUAGAGGUGAGCUCUCUGGGCUGGUUGGAGAGGAAAACCGCAGCUACGAUUGAUGAAACUCCUCCCACAUCCUCACUGAACGAAGCUCUGGAGAACUUCCUCAAGGCGGAGGAGUUAAAUCCAGGCUUCUCCAAAGCAGUUCGCCUUUAUAUAGCCAAGUGUCAUAAGGAGCUCGGAAACGCGUCAGAGGCCAGAAAUUGGGUCCAUUUAGCUCUGAGCACACCAGCAGGAGCAAAUGAGGAUUCUGACAGCGCUGCUUUACAGGAGGAGCUGAAGGCUUUGAUUGACAGCAAAAGUGAUCUAUAAGCAGUAUGAAUAAUUA